CAGGGAUUGGCAGGAGCGGCCAGAGGUGGCCAGGGGUGGCCAGGAGUGGCCAGGAGCGGCCCAGCCACAGGCCACAGCCCCCUGGGCUUGGAUACAUCCCUGGCGCCAGGCCCGGAAGCCGCCCAGAGGUUGCCAUGGUCGCUCUGUAUGGCGAGGCUGCGUGUACAUCCAGCGCGCCGCACCCCAGGAGCCAAUCUGUGGCCAGCUGAGCCGUUGCCUUGACUACCCUGUGUGUUAGGGCCCAGUACGCAUGCGCAGAGCCGCUGCGGCUGCUCAAAGCUGCCCAACCAAGCUUGGAGCUGGGGAAGGAACAACCCCUGAGCUCCAGGAGACACCCAGUCUCUGAGACCCAAUUCUAGGAGGACCUGCCAUGAACCGAAAGAAGCUGCAGAAGUUGACGGACACCCUAACUAAAGGUUGCAAGCAUUUUAAUAAAUUUGAAGUGAACUGUCUUAUAACACUUUUCUAUAACUUGGUGGGAGUUGAAACAGAGCGGCCAGGAGUAGUCAUUGGACUGGAUCGUAAUGCCUUUAGGAAUAUCCUGCACGUGACCUUUGGAAUGACAGAUGACAUGAUUAUGGACAGAGUAUUCCGGGGUUUUGAUAGAGACAAUGAUGGCUGUGUGAAUGUUUCAGAGUGGAUUCAUGGAUUAUCACUGUUUCUUCGAGGGACUCUCGAUGAAAAAAUGAAAUAUUGCUUUGAAGUGUUUGAUUUGAAUGGUGAUGGCUUCAUUUCAAAGGAGGAGAUGUUCCACAUGCUGAAGAACAGCCUUCUCAAGCAGCCCUCAGAAGAGGACCCUGAUGAAGGAAUUAAAGACCUGGUUGAAAUAACGCUUAAGAAAAUGGACCAUGACCAUGACGGGAAGCUGUCCUUUUCGGACUAUGAGACAACUGUGAGGGAAGAGACUCUCUUGCUGGAAGCCUUUGGGCCAUGCCUGCCUGAUCCGAAGAGCCAGAUGGAAUUUGAAGCCCAAGUAUUCAAAGAUCCAAAUGACUUCAAUGAUUUUUGAAUUCCUAAUGUAUUGAGUUAGCACAGAAGGAGACACGCACAGUUCAUUUGCUCUACUCAGAAGAUGAUGCUGAAGUGUGUGUUUGGGAGUGAGGUGCUGUUCACUUACAUGUAUCACUAGUGUAGGACACAAGUAAAACUCGUGGCAGACAAGCAGCUCCUCAUAGAUUUAGCAAAAGAGGUUUGUGUUGUCACAGGUAUUUUAUCAUGUGAACUAUCUGUUGAAGCACAUACCUUUCACAAAACCUCCAGAUUAAGCAAAAGAAUGGACAAAUUAUAAGUCAUCAAUUUUAGAUACAAAUAGUCUUAAUGACAGAAAGAUUUGGAGAAUACAUUGAAAAAUUACUGAAACUACUGAGUUUCCUUCAUGGCAAUAAAUAAUGAAGAUGGUACCACAGGGAUAAUAGCACUGGCAAUUAGUAUGAAACUCUCCUCAUUAGGAGAGACUCAGAGAGAUGAAAUGCACAAGAGGCCUGGAUGCUUUUUCUAUUAUGAGAGGAUUUGCCUCACCAGCCAUACCAGCUCACAAGCAUCUAAUGGCAAGCAUUUUACACACACACACACACACACUCACAUACACCCCUUCAUCUCUACCAUAGCAGUUAGUAUUCUGCACAUUUUGGGCCCUCAAUAAAUACUGUGGAGUAGAUUAAAAACUGAAAAGCAGCACACAUAAAUAACCUUUGUCCAUGAGCAAAGAGAGAAAAACCUGUUCUGUUCUAUGGGCCGAGUUAACCUCCGGAGGCAAUCCUGAUCCUUGACCUCUGCAUUGCAGUCAGAUGCCCGACUUGGCUCUGGUUCCCAUUGUCACUCCACCCUAACCUCGCUGGAGUCUCAUUGCCCCUCCUGGAUGCAUUACAGUGUCCUAGUCCCACCCUGCCUGGAUUCCCAGGGUAGAGACACCCAUUAUCUUUUUUUUUUUUUUUUUUUUUU